GGCGGUGCGAGAGGAAGAAACACAGCAGCUCAACAUUCAUCGACCUAUGUAAUGUCAAGUGGCUCGUCGACAGGGGGAAAUUUGGGUUUGUAUGGUGGACUAGAUGGAAUAUCAGGAGGCUCAAAGGCCAUAACGAAUCUUUAUAGCAAUAUUUCAAGUAGUUUUCAUAAUGAUUUUAGAGCAGAUUCGCCAAGUGCUUUUACAGGUGACAUGGUAACGAGUGGAUCGUAUUCAUCGACAUCAAGCUCUUAG